AUAACAAUAUUUUUCUCAAACUGUUUUUUAUUCUAAGAAUGUGGUUUCUUAAAUUUUGAAAUUUUUGGUUUAGUCGUAAAAGUAAAUAAAGCAUAAUACUGGUUCAAUAUCUCAUCCAGCAAGAGAAUUAUAAUUACGGUAAUUACCCUUCGCGAAAAAGAAAAUUGAUGUAUAUAACUUAUCUGUCAUAGUCUAUUGCAGAGAAUAUGUGCCGAGAACAUUCCGACUGACAAAUUUAGAUAGCUCCAGCAUAUACAGGCAUACGAAUAACAUCGUUUUUGUAAAAUAGUCAGCUCGUUAUUUGUUUAGUUUAAUUCAAUUGUUUGAUAGCAGCCAAUAAAAAUUUAAAGUGCUUGAACAUUAACACUAUUAGAAACAUAGAAACGUGAAAUCGCUCUGAAGUACAGAAGUCAUGAGCAAACAAAAUGAAGUGCUUUUGAAUUCCUUCGUAAUCUCCAAGAAAAAAUAUCGAGUAUUUUACAAUGGUGGUGUACUCGUAUGGGAUGCAGAGAAUUCGAAAAAAGGAAAAAAGACGAUUAGUAUAACUGAUAUCAUAUCAGUCAAGCGUUCUACUACUGCAAGUGGUCGAUUGAUCUCUAAGACUGCAAAACCCAACACCGUUUACGGAACGAAUUCUAACACACAUUCAACAAUAAACGAAGGUAUGGAUUUUGAUCGGGUGCCGGUAUUUACCACUUCACAAUCUAUGAAUUCAAAUGCCACAAUAAAUACGCCAACAGGCACACUUGAUACCAGUACCAGAGUUAAUUCUUAUGAUCUACUAAGCAAUGCAACUAACAAUGAUAACGAUAGGAUUAAUAUAGGCAAUAUUGCAAAUGAAUACUACUUAAUAAUACAUUAUGCGCGUCCCGUAAGUUCGCGUACAUGCAAAUGGAGAGUUCAACAGAUGGUUUUAUUCAACAAUGAGCAACGAAUUAUCAAACUUUGGCACAAUCGUCUAUUGGAUGAUAUCAAAGAUCAAAAUCGCCCAAAACACUUAUUGAUAUUUCUUAAUCCAUACGGCGGUAAGCAAAAGGCUUUUACAUUGUUCGAAAAGUAUGGCAAACCUUUGUUCAAACUAGCACAAAUCGAUAUCAAUUUGAUAAUCACUCAACGCGCCCAGCAAAUUUAUGACAUUAUGACGUCCCAAACGAUUAAUCUUAACAGCUACGAUGGUGUUGUGUGCUGUGGUGGAGAUGGUACCUUUGCAGAACUUUUCAAUGGACUUGUGUACAGAACUAUGAUUGAUUUAGGUUUGGAUACUAUCAAUCCACCCUAUCUUCCAAAACCAAACCUUCCUAUUGGAAUUAUUCCAGCGGGUAGUACCGACACAGUUGCGUACUGUUUGAAUGGAACUACUGAUGUAAAGACAUCAAUCAUUCAUAUAAUCCUGGGUCAAUCACACGGAUUAGAUAUAUCGAGCGUCUAUCGGAAGCAGAACAUUGUUUCUAGUCACAGUAAACAAAGCAGAACACAAAAGCAUACAGAAAGUGAUAAUCCAACGAGUGGAACUAGUAAAAGCAGUAACAUAAACAAACGGCCCCAAUUGCUCAAAUUGUAUGCUAGCGUUAUAUCGUAUGGUUUUCUUGGAGAUGUUACAAUGGAUAGUGAAAACUACCGUUGGAUGGGGCCUAGGCGAUAUGAUUAUUCAGGUGUCAAAAAAUUUCUUUUAAACCGUGGUUAUAAGGGCAAUAUUACUGUAGAACUAGAGAAGGAAGUGAUCAAUGAAGUGAGUGAGAAUCGGAACAACCCACUUGAUGGAGUUCGUUGUUUAGAAAAUUGUCAGCGCUGCCAUAGCUCAACAAAACUCAGUAAUCGAAUCAAGCGCGAUACGGAGGAAGUGACUAUAAGUGGAAAAUUCCUAAUGGUGAAUGGUGCAAAUAUUUCAUGUGCAUGUACACGCAGCCCGCAGGGCUUUAAUCCUUAUUGUCAUCUCGGUGAUGGUUACUUGGAUUUGAUUCUAGUUCGACAUACGUCCUAUUUGAACAAUAUUCGCCUGCUACUAGCAAUGUCUUCCAAAACAAAAAAGAUCAGCGAUUUGCCAUUUGUGGACAUUUAUCGAACAAAGAAGUUCACUUUCAGCGUGGAUACGACAAUUACUGCAAAUGAUGGGUGCGAUAAUUCCGCUAUUGAGGAUGAAUUCCACGAGACCAGCACAACGACUCACAAUGUAACUACCUCGAAAAAUUCAAAUGGCGGUUCUAAAGCAUCCCGUAAUCUGUCUAAGUGGAAUUGUGAUGGAGAAAUACUUCCGGGCACUGACAUUAUUGUAGAGUGUAAUUGUCAAUUAAUCAAUGUGUUCCGACGAGGUGUAUGUUGUAGUGAUCAAAACUAUGAGCAAAAUGAACCAAAUAUCGUGAACUGUUGUGGGUUAUGUAAAUGAUAGAUUUAUUUUAGGAUAAUGACCUUUUAUUUUUUUACAAUCUAAACCGUUUUUAGUUUAAAAACUAAACAACCUGUGAUUCGUUUUCUAUACCAUAACAUUAUUGCGAUUUCCUCGCGAAGAACAUGUAGUCCAGGACUAGUGAAAAAUCUUUAUUCUCUGUUUAUACUCUAAACAUUCAAAGCUGUAUCCGAUACAACUGCAAAUUCAAUUUAUCGUGGUGUAAGCAACAACGACAUUCCUAUAUGGUGUUAGACAUCUAUAAUCCAAUAAAAUUGAGAUAAUACAGCUACAAAAUAAGUGCAUGUAAAACAAUAGUGAUAAUAAUAUUAAGUGAAAUCACAUUCUUCGGGUUGAGGUAUUACUAGGAUUUUAGAGAAUAAAAUAAGAUGUUUCAUGAUGUUUGUGUAAAUAGAAAAUAGUGGAGUUUCAGAAAUUGAUCAUAGGUUGAAUGCUAGAAUACCAGUAGGUUGCAAUUAUAUGUGCAUACAGGAAUAUGUAUUACCUGAUCGAAAAUAUAGAAAUUUUAUAAAAUAUCCAAAAAACUCUUAUUGAAGUGUAUCAGAAAGCAAUUGCAAGCAUUUAAAUCAAUACUGCGUAUUUACUUGUUCAUUUAGCCGUAUCGGAUAAAUUAAAUGAAUUCUGCUUAACCUCCAA